AUAAUACAGUUUAAAAUAAAAUGAAAAAUCCAUUAGCAAAUGUUCAAUUUAAAACAUCGUUUAGAUUUCUACAAACAGCACUGUUCAGUACCAAGGGUCAUGUGCUUAUCGGCGGAGGAACUGGAUUUAUUGGCAGAAACUUGAAAGAAUUUCUGUUGAGAAAAAACUACAAAGUAACAGCAAUAUCUAGAAUUAAGACUGGAGAGAAACAUAUCAUAAAUUGGGCCGAUUUAAUUAUCUAUGGAGUUCCCAACGAUGUAACAGCUGUGGUCAACUUGUCUGGUGAGCCCAUAAUGGUUCCUUUCAAAGGUUUUGGAAAUAACUUUAAAAAAAAAAUUUGGACUAGUAGAGUCGGUUCUACAGCAUUACUUACCGAUAUCAUAAAUUCUGCCAAAUGCAAACCUUAUGUGUUUAUUACAAUCACUAGUACUGAUAUAUAUCCAUCAGAUGGAGAAGUCCACACUGAACAAUUUAUUCCUACAGACCAGAUGGUAGACUGUAAUUUCUUCACUAGAUUAGGAACAGAUUGGGAGCAAGCUUCAAAGUAUUUUCCCUUUCGUAAGGUAUCGAUUAGAACAGGAACCGUACUUGGACACAAUGGUGGUUAUCUCAAAUGUUUGAAAUAUCCCACUGCCAUAGGUUUAGGGGCUCAGAUAGGAGACGGAUGUCAGCAACAGCCUUGGAUACACAUCUGUGACUUAUUGAAUCUUAUACUAUUUUCAAUAGAGAAUGAAGAAAUAAUUGGAAUAUUGAACGGAGUAUCACCACAAGGUGUAACUAACGGAGAAAUUACUACUAUUUACACACACAUGUUAAAAAAGUCACCAGUGAUGUUAAAUAUACCAAGAAUGUUAUUAAAAACAACUUUUGGAGAAGAAAGAACAAAAUUAAUUUUGGAAGGAAGAAAAGUAUUACCAACAAGAACUUUGAACUGCGGAUUUAAAUUUCAAUAUUGUGAAAUCACAGAUGCUUUAAAAAAUUUAUUAGGUCGAAAUCGUGAACACGACUUGCUGAUCAUGAUUUCUAUGAGCCGAAAUUAUUCGAUGACAAGUAAAGGGAGAGUGUUAAUCGGAGGUGGAACAGGAUUUGUUGGAAAAUGUUUGAAACAAUAUCUCAAGGACCAAAAUUAUGAUGUUACCAUCAUAUCUAGAAAAAACAAUGGGUUUACUAAAUCUGAUUCUGUUAUAAGCUGGGAUCAAGUAAAAAAAAAUGAAAUCCCCCUUGAUACAGUAGCUGUUAUUAAUGCGGCUGGUGAACCAAUUCUUGAACCUACACGAUUAUGGACUAGCAAGUUUAAAAAAUCUGUAUGGGAUAGUAGAGUAUUGACUAAUCAAUGCCUUGUGGAUGCAAUCGAUAAAAUGAAUACACAAAAGCCAAAAUUAUUUGUAUCAUUUUCUGGAGUGGGAAUAUAUCCACCCAAUACAGAUAAGUGUAAACCAUAUACAGAGAACUAUGACGUUAAAGAAUUUGAUUACUUAUCAAAAUUAGCAAUUGGUAUUGAAAAAAGUGCCAUACCAAAAUCAGACGACGUACGAUCAGUAAUAAUACGAUUGGGUGUUGUAUUUGGCCGACAAGGUGGAUUUAUAAGUCAACUUUAUCCAUUCUUUCGUUUUGGUUUUGGAAUAUGUAUGGGUAAUGGUUCUCAAUUCUUACCUUGGAUACACAUAGAUGACGUCUGUCGUUUAGUGUUGUUUGCUAUUGAAAACAAUAGUGUAGAGGGUAUUGUCAAUGGAGUUGCGCCUGAAAUAGUUACCCAUCAUUACUUUGCUAAAAGUUUUGUUGAAGUCUUCGGUCAUAGUUUUGUAUUAAAAGUUCCUGGAUUUAUUUUCAAGUUAAUAUUUGGAACAGAGCGAGCAAAAAUGGUUUUAGAAGGACAAGCGGUCGAACCAACCAAAUUAAACAACUUAAAUUUUUCGUACAAAUUGCCUGAUAUUAAAACAGCAUUGUGUCGUGUAUCUCAGGAAUAAUUUGAUGUAUUGGCAACAGUUUCUUAUCAAUUUGAUAGUUUUAAAGAUGAGCAGAACAAAGUUGAAUUUCCUACAAAGCUUCGUCUCCUGUUUGAUAAAGCUCGGCCUGACCAUUUCUGUGUGUUAAUGGUUGUUUUUCUGGUGCACUAGAUGGCCGAUUGCGUUUGAAGAAUCCACACUACCAAAAACAAAAAAUUCAGUUAUUAAAAUGUAUGCAUUUUUUACAUGUUUUAUUUGUAAACUUUUCUCUAAAAAUUUACGAACAAACCAAAAAUCAUAAUUUAUGACAUUUUACUUGCAAUGAAUUAAGUAAAGUCUUACUAAUAUAAGCCUAUUGUUUUAUUAAAAUAAAGCCACAAAAGGUUUAUCAUAAAAUAUUGAGCAUUCUGAUUGAUUAUAUUAUAAUUAAACAUAUUUUAGUAUGAUAAUUAUUUUUUACUGUAUUGUAUUGGUUUAAUAUUUAUGAAAUAAUUCUUGUAAAUUAAAAUUAUUGGCUAGUAGUCUAGUACUACUACAGAUAUUAAAUCAUGUUAGUGUGUGAUAAAUAUAAUAUUAUAUGUUCAGUAUAUUAAAAAAAAUGUACUAUCA